AUGAAACAUUUGCAAGAGGUCUUCGGUGUGUUAAGUGAACACCAAUUCAUGCUAAAUCUCGACAAAUGUUCACUAGCUAAACAAGCAAUCGAUUUUUUGAGUCACACCAUCACGGAAGAUUCAAUUAUUCCAUCCAGAGAGAGAAUACAAGCCAUCAUUGCCAUUCCCCAACCAGAAACAUUAGCUCAAGCGAACAAAUUUAUCGGAAAAAUAGGAUGGUACAGAAAAUUCAUGCUAAAGUUUGCUAAAAUUGCUGCCCCUAUUCACAAAGUCACAAACAAGAUAAAGAGGAAGAAACACGAGUUCUAUUGGCAUGAUGCACAAGUUCAAGCGGCGAACAAAUUGAAACAACUGUUGACAGAAGAACCAUUACUACUGAGAUAUCCACAUCCAACGGCACCAUUCAUUCUGGCUACGGAUGUGUCCGAGUACGCCAUUGGUGCUGGAUUAAAACAAAUUUUUGAUGGAAAAACUCACUACAACUAUUUUCUGUCGCGGUUGCUGACAACGACCGAGAGAAAUUACAAGACAAUUGAACGUGAAGCAUUAGCUAUCUUCUGGUGCAUGAAGAAAUUGGAACAAUAUUUGGGUGGACGAGAUGUUAUCAUUCAUACCGAUCACAAACCAUUGGCGCAAUUUCAUAAGAAAAACAAAUUCAACAGCAAACGUAUCGAUGAAUGGCUAGUGAAACGUCAAGACAUGCUUCCACAAAUGGUCGAUGUAACAUACAAGAAGGGAAGCACACAUGGCGAUGCUGAUGGAAUGUCAAGACCGGAAAUUCACCCACACCAACACUAUUUGAAUACCAUUACAAGAUCAAUGACAACUACGGCCGUUCACAAACCUGUCAUUAAUCACGACAGUCAAUCGACAGUCCCGUUGAACAAUACUGAUAUGGCACCAGCAUCGAUGACAUUUGAUUUAAGUCUGACCCGAAUUCGAGACGAGCAGCAGCACGAUUCUCACAUUUUAAAGAUUAAAGAACAGCUGAAGACCGCGACCCGAUCUUAUUCAAAUUUCAUCAUCGAAAAUGAUCUUCUAUACAAACUGGUAACACAACCGCAGGCAACGAUGCUAACAAAAUUGAUCUACAUUCCAUCCUCCAUGAGAGAAGAAGUCCUUCAGAGCUACCACGAUCACCCAACGGCGGCUCAUUUUGGCGUCAAUCGAACAUGGCGCAAAUUGAGGACGAAAUGUUAUUGGCCAAUGAUGAAAGAAACCAUCCAAAAUUACAUUCGAUCGUGUGAGAAGUGUGCAAAGUUCAAUCUCCGUCGAACAAAAUCUCAACCGAUCGACUAUAUAAAAAUUACAACCGAUCGACUAUCCCCAAGGAGCUUUGGAGCUCGUGGGCAUGGAUUUUUGGGGACCCACACCACAAUAUUCCACACACGGUAACAAAUACGUCUUGGUCAUCAUCGAUUAUUACACCAAGUACGUAGUCGCUCAUCCACUUCCAGACACCACGGCAGCUACAACAGCACAAUGUUUCGUCGAGCAAUUUGUACUUAAAUAUGGCGUGCCACGACGGCUGAUCACCGAUCAAGGCACUCACUUCAAUAACGACCUAAUGAACAAUACCA